AAUGGAACGGUGACCGUGGCCGUCUGGGUUUGAACCAUGACUCACAGCGGUGAGAAGCCCAACCCUACACCAUACAUACGUAUAUCUUUAUUGCCCACAGAGUUGUUCUUCACCGGUUAGGAUUUUUCCAAAUAAUGAACGGAAGAAGUGAAGCCGAAGAAGAUUCUCAAACUCGCACCUCGCAGUCGGAGCAAAUAGUUUCUGAUGACGAUGAGAUUGACUACUCUUCGAAGCCGGAGUUUUAUGACCCGAAACUAGAUGACAAAGAUGAGGUAUGGGCCCAAAAGCAAAGGAGCGGCCGUAUUUCUGAUGCUGUACUUAGCUGCCCUGCUUGCUUCACUACCCUUUGUUUCGAUUGCCAGAGGCAUGAAACAUGUGUCACCCGGUACCGAGCAAUUUUUGUUGUCAACUGUAGGAUAGGACUUGAAGUGACACAACCCGGGAGUAAAAGGAAACGGAACAAGCGAAAUACUCAGGCUGAAGCAGGCCCUACUUCUGUCGAAACAUUUAAACGAGUUUGCUGUGCUGUGUGUUCGACACAAGUGGGAGUUAUCGAUGAGGAUGAGAUCUAUCAUUUCUUGAACGUUCUCCCGAGCGAAGCUUGAUGCUGUCUCCACUUUGUUUGCUGGGAUUUGAAGUAAUCAACGACGAGAUUGAUUCAGUCAACGAUUUCAAUAAGGGAUUAGAGGUGGUGGUUCUCAAGCAGUUCCGAUUAGCAGAACUGGACAGCAGCGGCCUGCGGCAGCGACCAGGUCAACCACGGCGC